AUGGCAGCACCAGCCCCACCUCCAGCGAAAUCAAUACCCGCAAGCCUAAACCCCAAAACAAUCACCCUAUCGACAUUCCGCACGCUCCUCGCGCACUACGAAGAAACCGUCCACCGCGUCACGCGCAAAAAGGCACUCGCAAAGCAGGGCGGGAAGAAAGCGACACCAAAGCAGAAGAAGAAGGCCGCGCCGAAACGCAAGGUAUCUUCGGAAGAAGGAGAAGAAGACGACGACGACUCGAAAUUAGAGAAUGCGAAUGGGGAUGAAGAUGGAGACGAGGAUGACGAACCGAAUCCGCAGGCUGACGCCGCGGCCCGCGAGUUCUGGAAGCUGGAUACAUGGCGGUAUGAGACUCUACCGUGGAUUCUGAGUGAGAGGUCGCAGUUACAGUUACAAGAGGGUGAAGAAAAUGGGAAGGGGAACGGAAAGGGCAAGGGCAAGGGCAAGGGGAAGGUGGAGGGCGUGCACUUGACCAAGGACGAGGUUAUCAAGUUGAUGGAGUGGAAGUUAAAACACGGAAUAUACCGCCCAACCCUCAUGGGCAUGCUAAAGUCCAACCCCGAGCGCGCGAUCCAGUCCGCGACAGCAGCCGCAUUCGCAUCUCUCCCCUCAUCCCCAAACUCUCCAGACUCCCCCAACUCCAACGACCAACCCCUCUCCGCAACACUCACCUCGCUAAACGCCCUAACAGCACCCCUCCGCGGCAUCGGCCCCGCAACAGCCUCCCUCCUCCUCUCCGCCGCCUCCCCAGCCCAAGUCCCCUUCUACAGCGACGACACGUUCCUGUGGCUCAUUGUAGGGGUGUAUCCCAAAUGGAGUGACGAGGAUGGGUGGGUGCGCGGUGAGGUUAAGAGUGCGGAGAAGAGGAAGAUGGUUAAGCCGAGUGGGGAGUUGAUUGCCAAGUAUCAUGUUGCGGAGUACAAGGCGCUUUUUGAGGCUGUGAGGGGGUUGGUGAGCAGGUUGAAUGGGGAGAGGGAGGCGUUAGGCGAUGGUGCGAAGGGGGAGGAGGUUGGGUGUGCGGAGUUGGAGAGGGUGGCGUUUGUUGUUAGGCAUGUUAGGGAGUCGGGGUUGGCGGGGAUAAAGGGUGAGGACGAGGAUGAAGAUGUGAAGCAGGGUGAGGAUGACAAGGUGGGUAGUAAGGAUGAAGGUGCAAGUAGGAAGAAGAGAAAGGUUCGUAAAUAG